CCUCAGCAUGCCAAUACUUCACAAUCAGUCGUUCAUGGAUCUAUCUGUUUCGGCUUGAUACCUGCCCUCCAUCCAGAACGAUGGGCCUUCUAUUUUAGAGGAGUUCCCAAAUGACACGUUGUUCCCCGGUACUCUUGGUGGUUCUUGUUGACUCGGCUCGGCAAUACGAUUUAGGAAGAUCCCGGAGAAAUGCAAGGUACUCUAGUGCAUACCGUUCAGGUUGCGCUAUGCAUCAUCAGCUAGGAGGGUUGUUAGGAAGGGGUCCUGGGGCUGUAUUGAUGAACAGACGCACCUACACACUGGCACUGUCGACCCGGGAGAGCUUCCUGUCUAGCAAGAGGUCCGAAUGAUAGCGACCAUACGGCGCUCAGCCCACUGGGACUAACGAACGACGACGAAGAUGACGACACUACGACGUUCCCACCUCACCGCUAGGUCCGGCACAAUCGGUAACUAUCCUCGGUCGCU